AUGGAAAAACUCCCAACUCAAUCCAAAGCCGACACUUCCGGCUAUGUCGACCUCUCCGAGUCGUCCGUGGCGCGCCCGAUCAGCACCCGUCGCGACCGGGUCGUUACUCGGCUGGCCGCAUGUCUGGGGCUCAUCACCAUCGCCUUCCUAGCUUUAUCAUGGACCCCUAUCUCCAUUUCCGGCUUUAAGCUCUUUUCGUGCCAUAGAUGGAGAGGACAGCAUGAUGUUUCAUUUCCCCCUGACUUGGGCAGGGAGGAAGCUCCGUUGAUGAAUGGUCCACUGCAUGAACUGUCCACCCUGGACGGGAGCCGCCUAGCCUCGAGUAACAGAAUUCCCCUGGAGGCUCAUGUCAUGAGUAAAUGCCCCGACGCUCGGGAUUGUCUCCAACAGCUUGUCAUUCCUGCUAUGGAGCAGAUCAGCGAUAAAGUCGACUUCAAGCUGUCUUUCAUCGCCGCAGUAUCCAACAAGUCAUCAGAGAUCCAAUGCAUGCACGGUCCCACCGAAUGCAUCGGUGACAUGCUCAUCCUCUGUGCAGCUAAUCUGCCUUUCCCGCCUGAGUCCGGUGCCAUGUGCUCCAAGGAUGCUCGUACUCCAACAAUCCGGUCGCUUGGGUUCGCCAACUGCCUUAUCAGCUCGUAUCCCGACAUUCCGAAGCGCGACCUGGUUCAGGGAUGUGCCUUGGAGCAUGGUAUCGACUUUGAGGCUCUUAACAAGUGUGCCAGUCGAGAAUAUGAUGACCUUGACGACGAUGAUGAUAGCGACGAGAAGACACCGCUUAGUGGCAUUGCUCUGUUGCGCCAGAGUGCAUUACAUAGUGACAAGCUCAACGUCAGGACCAGCUGUACUCUGCGCCUGAAUGAAUCUACCUGGUGCGUUCGGGAUGGUGGAGUCUGGCGAGACUGCGCCCAGGAAGGAGAGGGCAGCAAGGUCUCGGUGCUUGUGGACGAGGUGAAGAAGCUGUGGGACAAGGUCAACUAA